CUAAAGCAUGUGUGUUCUGAGGAGGUUCCUCCUGUGCUAUGCUUUUUACAGGACUCUGAUGUUGCGCAUGGAGAACGUUUCCUACGUGGCCCUGAGGCAGCCCAUCGUGUUUGAGCUGGAGGGCUUUGAAGUGCCUCGGAGCUAUGGUUACCCCCUGUUUGCCCUGUUCCUGGCCAUCUACUUCCUGGUGCUGCUGGGGAACGGGGUUGUGAUGAGUGUGAUUGCAAUAGAUAAGAUGCUACACAAGCCUAUGUACGUGAUGGUGUGUAACCUGGCUGCCUGUGACCUGCUGGGAGGAAUGGCUGUGAUGACUCAGCUCAUGGUCAUCUUCCUGACGGGGGAGAAGAGGAUUCCAUACAACAGUGCCUAUGCUCAGGCCAUCUGUGUUCACACGUAUGGUGCAGCUAUACAGACCAUACUGUCAGCCAUGGCCUAUGACAGGUAUGUGGCAGUGUGUGAACCAUUGAGGUACCAUGCGAUCAUGACAACGGCCCACAUGGUUUUUGUGAUCUUGCUGGCCUGGGCUGUAGCAAUCAUCCUUAUAGUUGUGCUCUUUGCUUUGAAUGUGGGUACUCCACUAUGUGGAACCUACAUCAGGCAUGUCUACUGCAGCAACCGCUUCAUCCUGAACCUGGCCUGUGUGCCCACCCCCAUUAACGAUAUCUACGGUUUGUGCAUCACUUGGGUUCUCAGCAGCGGUUCCUUCCUCAUCAUCUUUUUCUGCUAUACCAAGAUCCUGUCAGCCUGUCUGAUGAGGAAGAGUGACAAGGGCAGUCGUAGUAAGGCCUUACAGACCUGCGCCACUCACCUGGUCAUCUACGUGAUCUACGAAAUUGUCAGCCUCACCAUUAUCCUCAGUAACCGCUUCCCCCAGGUCCCAAUGAACAUCAAGAAGUUCUGCACUAUCCUGAUAUUCAUAGUUCCCCCUCUAAUUAACCCUAUCAUCUAUGGACUUGUCACUAAAGAGUUACGCACAAGCAUUAUAAAGCUGUUGAAAACCCGGGUCGCACCCAAACUGUAAAAUGUUUGACAGUUUACUGUGGCAUCCCCACCGUACCCAUCGUUCCAGAUAGAGAACAUGCAUAUAAUAAUAACAGAGGUCAUCUAACAGGUUGCAGGAAAACAAAUAUGGGCAAUGUAAAAGAAAUAUGAAUUAAGUGCAUUUACUGUAGUGGCCUCCAGUGGGUCCCCAA